AACACGCACGCAGGCUUUGAAGCAGUGUGUCUGCUGUCCUUGGACGACGAACAAGGCUGGACGGCGGCGUCGUUUCACGGUGAAAGACGCGAGCAUCCACGACGGCUCUUUCCUCAACCCUUCCCCGGACGUUUAGGCGGAGGCAGCCGGGCUGAAAUGUGAGCGGCGGACCGCCGGUGAGAGCCUCGCGGAUGGAUGAGACCGCAGCGCCGCGUUGAUGCGGCAGCGACCCUUAAACACACCGCAGGACAUCAGCCGCUAGUGUUUGUGCGAGGAAUCCGGUUUUCGUGAGGAACAAAAUAGCCGCCCUCUACCGGCUUUAAGAAUGGCGGCCGUGGUCAACUACUCGCCGCCCUGGUGGGUCAACCUGCUCCACCGCUUGCCUCAUUUCAACCUGGACUUCCAGAUGGUCAGCAGCGACUUCCGGCCCGAAGACCCCGAGUAUCAGAAGUCGGUGCUGCUGAUCGGAGCCGUGGCCCUGCUGUGUUUGGGCCUGGACCUCCUCUUCCUCCUCUUCUACUCCUUCUGGCUUUGUUGCCGCCGCCGCAAGAGCGGCGAGUCCUCGCACUCCCACACGCACUCCCAGCAGCCCAGCGCCGACUGCUGCUGCACCGCCUGGUGCGUCAUCAUCGCCACCCUCGUGUGCAGCGCCGGCAUCGCGGUGGGUUUCUACGGAAACGGGGAGUCGAGUGAUGGCGCCAGCCGCCUGGCCUACUCCCUGCGCCACGCCAACCGCACCGUGUCCGGGAUUGAGAAACUGGUGUCGGACAGCGCUCUGGCGCUCAACCAGACGGUGGAGGAGAACCUGAUCCAGCUGGAGACGGCCUACAAGGAGCAGACGGACUACCUGUCCGUGGUCCAGAAGCUGCAGGGACAGCUGGACGAGCUGGUGAAGCUGAUGGUGGACAUCCCCUUCUGGUCCAACACGCAGGUUUCUCUGGAGGACAUGGCCAGCCAGACGGAGGCUUUUGACUUCUACAGGUGGUUGGGUUACCUCGGCUUGCUGCUGUUUGAUGUCCUCAUUUGUCUCCUGGUGCUCUUUGGCCUGAUCCGGAACUCUCGGGGAACUCUGAUCGGCGUGUGUCUGUUGGGGGUGCUGACACUCGUCGUCAGCUGGGGGUCUCUGGGCCUGGAACUGGCUGUCGCUGCGUCGACCAGCGACUUCUGCGAUUCGCCCGACGCCUACAUCGCCCGGGCGACCAAGGAGAACGCCGUCAUCAAUCAAGACGUCCUGCAGUACUACCUGAGGUGCAGCCCCGGCCAGGUGAACCCCUUCCAGCAGAGGCUGUCGGGGAGUCACAAGGCGUUGGUGGAGAUGCAGGACGACGUGGCCGAGCUGCUGCGGUCUGCGACGCGGGACUACGCCAACACCAAGGGGACUCUGGAGCAGAUCCAGUUCGUGCUGAACUCCACCGAGGUGGGCCUCCACCAGCUGACGGCGCUGGUGGAUUGUCGCAGCCUGCACAUGGAUUACGUGCAGGCGUUGACGGGCCUGUGCUACGACGGCGUGGAGGGCCUCAUCUACCUGGUGCUCUUCUCCUUCGUCACCGCCCUCAUGUUCUCUUCCAUCGUGUGCAGCGUGCCACACACCUGGCCUGGCAAGAGGACGGACGAGGAGGACGGCGAGGACGAGUCGGGCGCCUCGCGGGGCGGCGUGCACGAUAACCUGUACCGCGUUCACAUGCCCAGUCUCUACAGCUGUGGCUCCAGCUACGGUAGCGAAGCUAGCCUGCCCGCCACCGCCCACACCGUCAGCAAUGCCCCCGUCACUGAAUACAUGAACCAGAACGCAAACUUUCAGAACCCGCGGUGUGAGAACACCCCCUUGAUUGGCAGGGAGUCCCCUCCACCCUCUUACACCUCCAGUAUGAGAGCCAAGUACCUGGCCACCAACCGCCCAGACCAGAACCGCCGCUCCGUCCCCAACGACCAACUGGACCCCGCCAGUCGGCCGCACGCCACCGCCCGACCACAGUCCUCGGUCCACUAGGGACCAGAACGGCUAAAAAGGGUUCCGUUCUCCCAACAAGCCAGAAACUCAACAGCUCAGCAAGUCGCUGACGGAAGACAGAAGCACACUUUUGUCCACUUUACUUAAACACAACGCGCCUUGGCUCCUCCCCCCCUUACAACUUGCAAAACCACUAGGCUCUGUCUACUGCCCCCUAGUGGACACACUCACACACUGUACAAAGAUGUACAUAAUAACCAUCAUUUCAUGACGGAUGGAUCAUUGCUGGUGACGUGCUGUGCUGUGCACUUCAUUACUGUAUCUCUUAAACACACAUUGUGAAUAAAUAAUAAUAAUAAUAAUAAUAUGACGUUUAGCUAGAAUCUAACUUCAACCAUGGACUUUUUCCAGGAAUUCUUUGGAUUUCAGCACUUGAAGGACAAAAACAAAAAAAAAGGUGCCAAAAAACAAAAGAUGCCUGACGUGUUGGAGAAGCUUAUGUUUGACUCGAAAUAACGACAAAAAAAAUCAUCGUACAACGACAACGAGGGAAGACCGGGAAAAAAGGAAGUGUUUGCUCGGUGCUACGUGAGUAACGUUUUCAGUCAUAUUUUUUUUAGCGUAGGACUAAAUAUUGGACGUUUACAAAAGUGAUACUGUGACAAACUUUUACCGACUUUUUAUUGUUUUUGGGGUUUUUUUACGUCCUCGUAAGCACAAGUUUUCUUCUCCUGCUAAUGUACAGCCUGUGUAAAAACCAUGCUAGCGUGUGAGACAUGGCCUUUUGUUUACAUUAUCGCUACGACGUCGCGCUAAAGUCAUGUUUACGCGUCAACAUGCUAUGAAAAAUGUAAAAGACAAAAGGCUGUAAUGUGCAUGCCAGGCCAGUAGUUGGCGAUGUCAUUUAGUAAAGAAACCGUUUUUUUUUACGCGACAUGGCUUGCUAACGCAGCUGCGCACAUUAGCAAUUGCAUUAUAUGUAAAGAGUAGUUCGUAAAAACGCCACUACCGUCUUCCGAUGUUUUUUGACUAAACACACUUCGUUUUUAGCGUUCCUAUGACACAAGUAAAUUGUCAGGUUCAAACACUGAUGACAUUUAUUAAACAAGACAAGAGGCAAAUAAUUAAACAGAGACAGAAUUCAAUUUGGACUCAGGAGAGUCGCCCGGACAUUGUAUCCUUCUACAAUCUCCAGCACGCUCUGCCAAAAGUUUGUAUGCCUCCUUCUUUUAUUUUGGACCACAUGGCCACGGCUGUUUCCAAAGGACAAAGGUCGCAAAAAAGUUCACAGAAAAGGUCGUAAACAAUUCACAGAAAUGGUCAGUUCAAAAAGAGUUCGUAAAAUAGUUCAAAAAGAGGUCCAUAAAAUAGUUCAAAAAGAGUUCGUCUGGAAAUUGGGCAGAUCCUGUCAUCUCUCCGCUUUGAAGUCCUUGGGCCAGAACAACAUCCUUCUGUUGAUUACCAUACAUGAGAGAAAACGGAAAACCCUUCAUGUGGCUCUCCCCCUUACACAGUGGAGUUUUACGAGCAUUCUUCUUGGUAGGUUGCAAAGACAGCUUUUGUCUUCUUACUUGACAGAACUCAAUAUAACACAAAGUUUUUUGUGAUAAUUUAGAAACAAUAAUUCUAACAUAAAUCUAUCGGGUUUUAG